CUCGUACGCGGAACUCUGUGAAAGAGGGAAAUACAGUUUGUUGACGUCGUCUGGGAAAAGUUAACUUUACCUCUUCAGUGUAAAAACGAAAAUGAUACAUUCGUUUUACUGGAAUUUAAGUUCGUCUUGUUGUUCAAGGGAUACCUCAUACGAAACCGAGCGACGUCUCAAUCAAUGGCCCUCGUUCAGCAAACAGAGAUGCAGUUGUGGCUGGACAAAGUUGAAGCUUGGGGCCAAGCCCGCAGUGUGAACGUUCAAAAAGAUACCUGCCUUCACCUGUGCUCACUGAGGGAUUUCCUCCAGCGACUCUUGAUGCAUGUCGACGGCAUGAGUUCCACAACAGAGACUAUGAAGGCGAUUCCUUCUCUCGGCCAGAUUCUGGGCCGCUUGUGCUGGAACCCUGUUGUCACUGCUGAUGAUAAAAGCAGAGCGCUGAUAUUUCAGUGUCUGUGGGAGCUGUACUCCGAGCAUCCAGCCAAUGCUUUAGAAAGAAAGGCUAACCAGUGGAUACAGAAACUGUUGUGUCAACUUACCACCGAAGAGGACGAAUCGCCAUCGGAUUUUUUGCUCAAACAUUUAGACUUGUCGCCAACGCGGUACCAUAACCAAGUCCUCCGAAAGGUGGUGGCACGGUUGCAGGAAGACGUCAGAAAAAGCUGCAAUUCAUUGGGACACGUAAAUGAGAGGUGUUCAUGUGAUAGGAUUGUGUCCACAUGCGUGGCUUGCGUUCCCCUGGUGACUUGCCCCGAGGUCGCUCCUCUUCUUGGAGCCUUGCUGCAGCGUCCACUCACAUGUGCGCAAGCAACUCUCACCAAUGACUUCUUGGAUGCUGUGAGCUCUGCCUAUCGCAGCGGUUCCUUGUCACUGGAAAAUCAGGCUGUCGUGGCCCUGUGGUGUCACAGCCUGCCCAGCCUGGAGGAGGCGAUGCUCGGUCUGCUGGAGUCCACCGGCUUCGCUGACACGCCGCUGUCACCGCAGCAGCUCGAGCAGCAAAUAGCGCAGUCACUUCUGCCUCAGGCCUGCGCUCAACAUUGCUCCAUCUUCUUGGUGGCGAGUGACAUCUUCAGGUCCAUCCUCAAGAAACAGGAGGAUCGCCCGUGCGUGAGGGAUCUCAUCCAAAGCUUUACCAGCUGCUUCUAUCGGGAACUGACACUCUUACCGGCACAGAACCCUUUGAAGGCCUUCUUCCCUCACUCCCCCCCGAAUCUGCUGCUUCCGCUCUUGACACAGCCUCCAGAGGCGUCUGGGGAGGCUCGCAGACGUCACUUGAACUGGCUCAGCGACUCAUUACACAGACUGACAGAGGGGGAAGAGGAGGCAGGUGGCAGUGGCAGCGAUGGUGUUGGCGUCGUAUUUGAGGCCUGGUUCGUGCUGGUCCAGUGUUCCCACUGGGUGCACGAGGCCCUCCGGUUGCUGGCCACCACUGAGGCCCGAGACUGCCACCCACUGUUGUGGCUGCUGACCUUUUACCACCACCCCACCAACAGGGGGCACCACAGAAAUCAACAACUGGUAUGCGUGCGACAAGUCUGGGAGCAGAUGCGCAUCCUUUUCUCAGCCGCUCAUCUCGAUCCCGCGGAGCCGCUCGGUGCUUUGCUGUCCGUCAUCUCGACGGGCGCUCGGCGGCCAUCGCCGUCAUUGAUCCUCGGCUUGGUGGUCAACUGCGCCGUUUUCUCCCGCCAGUCGCACGAGGUCUCCGCACGCAUCGUGCGCACGGUGGCGGCUGCGUCCGGUUCGGUCAGUGAAGCGUUACGCGUGCUGAGCCUGCUGGAGCGUCGGCUCAGUACGGGAAGCGGCAGCGGCCCCUCGUCGAGCGACACCCAUGCGGCAUCUGUCAGGAUCCAUCGGCUUCAGAACGCGCUCGCCACCCCUGCGCUCCCACCGCGGCAACUGAACCUCCCUCAAGCGGGAGACACCCACCUCUCACACACACCCAGUUAGGAGGCCACGGCCACAACGUCGGACCGCCCCAAACAUUCCGAGUGGUCGCCACAACUUGUUCCACCCUCGUGUGACCUCUUGACAUGUCAGCA